AUGUAUGCGGCUUUACGGGGGAUGUUAGACUGGACAGCAAAAGAUCUGAAUCUGAGCGACUCGAUGCUUCCAAACUUGGAAAAUGCAGCUUUCAGCGACUUUGUGGCCUUUUUCGACGACAAAACAGAUGUUGGCAGGUUUCCGAUGAACACUGUGCGCUUGUUCUUCUCCUUUUCCUGCUCCGGGUCAUAUUUGGGCUCGGACUUGGUGCCAGAGCUGGACUCUUUGCGAGCUUUAGCAAAAUCUGCAGCUCUUUUCGCUCUUUUGGAAGGGCCCUUCUCGGAGUCCAGAGCGGCCUGUUCUUCCUCAGAUUUUGGAACGUCCACCAACGUUCUCUUACGAGCAACAAGCUCCUUGUUGUCGAUCCUGGACGGCUGUGCAAACAGCGUUGCUAACGAAUCAGACAUUUCAGCUUUAAAGGAAGAAAUUUUUUAG